AUGGAGCAAUGCGCAGACCUGCUGGAGGGCAUUGAAGACUGGAGCGACUUCGAACUAGGCGAGGAAGAGUCCGAACAAGCAUCCCCAGACGGACCACAGCCAGUCCCCCUCUGCCGCAACUUCGUGAAAUGCCGCGUCGAAAAGGUUCCCGGCGAGGCCCAGUGGAAUCCACUCAAACGGCGCAUGGAGAGACGCGUCGAAGUGGCACUCAAGUCUGAUGAUCGCUCGGAAACAAAGACCUUGCUGCUCUGCGAUGAAUGGACCGACUUACCACUGGACCAGGGUAACCCUCUCAAUAUUGUUUCCUUCCCCGGUUCGCCACCUAUCAACUUGCAGCUCGAUCCUUUGGUGUUCUCUAGGGCCGAGCCUGGACAUGUACUCAUCCUAUUUCCUUCUCUCCUUAUCAGCGCAACCGUCGUCUCGAAUGCGCCCCUAUGCUCCAGGAGAAGUGUGCUGAGUACCCGGCUGAAGAUCAGUUCGACUGAGAUCGGCGAGCCUAUCGUCAGAGGGAACAUCGUCCAUGAAGUCAUCCAGAACUCGUUGCUACGAACUCAACAAGAAGAAGACCAAAAGAUCCUCAAACUUGAUCCCACACCCAGUAUCUCUGACACCUGGGAGAUAAGCCGCUUAUCCGAAGAAGCCCGCAAGGCCUGCAUCAGACACCUCAGCGACUUAUUCAUGAUUGGCAAGACUGCCGAUGAAGGCGUCAAGAUGGUAUCCGGCUAUCUCGAGCAAUUACCUUCCUGGUCCAGCAAAUACUUGAUCAAUCGCAAGGAGAACGGUAAAAUCAUUUUGAACAAAGACGCGGUGUUGAUAGAUCCGCGAAGCAAUGCCAAGACGGGAGGCGACGAGCCAAGAAUCGGGAUCACUGGCGUGCUCGACACCGAGGAGGAGAUAUGGUCGCCCAAGUACGGACUCAAAGGCAAAAUAGACGUCACCGUGCAAGCGCACGUCCUCGAAAACCCAUCACAUUCAAUUAAGAACCAGCUUUUCGAUCCCGCUUCGAGCCUGCAGAUCUUCCCCUUGGAAAUCAAGACUGGCCGGCAGCCGAGUGGGAUUGAGCACAUUGCACAAACUAUGCUCUACACUUUGCUGCUAAGCGACCGGUACAAUGUCGACAUCACUGCUGGACUGCUGUUCUACACUUCGUGCGACGAUUUAAUAAGAGUCCGAGUGGUCAAAGACGAGCUGCGGCAUCUGGUGAUGGCCAGGAAUAGAUUGGCUCGCUACAUGCAUUCCGAGCCCUCCUACUCGCCCGAAGCAGCCUUACCUGAGCCCACUGAUCUCGAGGAUCUCGGAGAUUUGACUGUCCGUGAGGUGCCUCCCGGAGACCACAUCCUCCCCGAACCGAUUGACAACGACCGAGCAUGCUGCAGAUGUUUUGAAGUUGAGGGCUGUAUGCUUUAUCGUAAAGCGGUUGAACAAGUCGAUUUGCUCCCACCUCAAAAAGGUAUCGAUCGCCUCCGAGAGCUCUACGAGCGCAAGACGUAUCAUCUGACGCCUGUCCACACGGAAUUCUUUCGGCGAUGGGAGGCGUUGGUUUCGCAUGAGGAGAAAGAACUUGGGAAGUUGAAGAAACAGAUUUGGACGAUGACUGCGGACGAGAGAGAGCGGACAGGAAAUGCCUUAGCCAACAUGGUGAUCGAUUACUCGUUUGACAUGAACGAUGGGUCGUAUGACCCCACAUCAAUGACCAAGAUUCAUCGACACACCUACCGUCUCCAGCGUUUCCAGACUGCACCCGACUCGACCCCGGAUGAUGAAAAGGCCUCCCUCUUGUUCGGACACAUGAGCAAACACGACCCGAUCGUCGUCUCGAUCGAAGGCAAGAAGCUGGCCAUCGCCCGGGGCUUCAUCCUUGACCUGACUCCGAGAAGCAUGACGGUUGGCUUGGAUCAUCGAUUGGAAGAGAUCGAUCCGCUCCCCGUUGGCACCAAUCUCACCGCCUUCCUCACUCAAUAUGCUGCCACACAACCCCGUCGUUCCUCAAGAUCCCUCGUUCGGUAUCGGGUCGACAAAGAUGAAUUGCUGGCCGGCAUGGGCAAAAUUCGCGACAAUCUGGCCCAGCUUUUCUUGGAAAACGGCCACAGUCGGCUGCGCGAAUUGGUAGUGGAUUUGAGAAAACCGAGAUUCGAGGCUUCGCGUCUUGAAAGCCUGACAGAGAAUAAUCGUGCGGCUCAUCUGAAUCGAGAGCAGAUUGGCGUACUCGACAAAGUCCUAACUGCGCAAGACUAUGCACUAGUUUUAGGUAUGCCAGGUACUGGCAAGACGACGACGAUUGCUGAGCUGAUUAAAACCUUAAUUGGAAGGGGUAAGACGGUCUUGUUGACGUCCUACACGCAUUCAGCAGUAGACAAUAUCCUCUCGAAGCUCGUUGACUCGAAGAUCGAUAUGCUCAGGCUCGGCAACGUCGACAAAGUUUCUAGUGCACUGCGUCGGUUCACGCUGCAUGAAUCCGACCCAGCUCAGUCCAUGGAGGCCUUCGAGAUGAAGCUGAUGUCCCCUCCACUAGUGGCGACCACCAGUCUCUCGAUCAACCAUCCACUCUUCAACCGCCGCACUUUUGACUACUGCAUCGUUGACGAGGCCUCCCAGGUCACCCUGCCGACGUGUCUCGGCCCGCUGCGUUACGCAAACGUCUUCGUCUUGGUCGGCGACCACUACCAACUGCCUCCAUUGGUCAAAAACCACAAGGCCAAGGCGGGCGGCCUGGAGACCUCGCUGUUCAAGCUUCUCACGGAGGCGCAUCCGGAUGCGGUGGCCUCGCUGACGAUGCAGUAUCGGAUGAACGAGGACAUUAUGAGUCUCAGUAACGCUCUUAUCUACGAAGGUCGGCUGUGUUCUGCCGACCCAAGCAUGUCCGACUUGGGGCUCGAGAUCCCCUUAGGACUGCUCACCGAUUCAUUCCAUACGGACGAUCCUGUGGGAUGCCAUGAUGGCUGUUGGCUAUCUGAUAUCAUGCAACCCGCGAGAAAGGUCGUGUUUGCUAAUACAGACCUGUUGCAUGAGAAAGAGUCUAAGACGGGAAACCAGCUACAAAACGAAGCAGAGGCGUAUUUAGCCCUCCAGCUCGUCAAUGCGUUUGUCGAACGAGGCGUUCCAGCAUCAGAGAUCGGGAUCAUUGCGCCCUACCGCCAACAGAUCAAGCUGCUGACGUCGCUCUCCCAAGCCCACCCGGAGCUCGAGAUCCUGACGGCAGACAAGUCGCAAGGCCGGGACAAAGCGUGCAUCAUCAUGAGCAUGGUGCGGAACAAUGCCGAGGAGGAGGUCGGCGAGUUGCUCAAGGAUUGGCGCCGGAUCAACGUCUGUCUCACCCGUGCCAAGCGCAAACUCGUCCUCUUCGGCUCCAAGCAAACGCUCAGACACUCGCAGGUCCUGAACGACUUCUUCACGUUCAUCGACCAACGGGGGUGGAUAUAUGACCUGCAGCCCGACGCCAUGACUGCCCACAAGUCGCUCGGCUCGUUCAAGUCCUCCGCCCCCAUCGACACACACCCCCCUCCUACUACAUCGGCUCUCGCCCCUAGCCAUCCGCCAGAAUCUCCCCCUUCGUCAACCGCUUCUAAACGCCCCGCCGAUCACUUCUCUCCCCCUAAAACUCUCACUAAAAAAGUUAAUCUCCCCGUCCCACUUCCGAAGUUCGGCGUCUUGCGCGACGUCACUCUUGAUUUUGUUGGCGACCCUAAUACUUGA